CAGCUGACAAAGACAAUGAAAGCUUGAGUUACAUGAAAGUUGAAAGGUGGCAAGGAAUUUUAUCGGAUAAAAGUUACGAGGAAACCUUGUUAGGAGAUGCCACAGCCACUGCUCCUGUUGUCGACUCUGCAAAUCCCAAUCGUGUCAUUGUUGAAGGACUGGCGAUGAUUACAGAAGGACGACCUGAUCUAUUUCUUGAUCUUACAGGGAAUUCGCUACGGACUAAGGAUCGAUUUUAUUGUCCUAAGGGGAAAGUCAAAGGACUCAAAUAUGUGCAAAGAAUUGAAAGUUCUAGUGGAAAAGAUCUCAGAUCAUUUGGCAGUUAUGCUCCUAAAUCUGAAAUCCAAUCUUACACAACGCCUCCCGAAGAGAUGCCUUCCGGUAUGAUGUGCCGUGGAAAAUAUGAUGUUAAAUCUCUAUUCACCGAUGAUGACAAACAUGAACAUUUGAAAUGGGAAUGGACCUUUGAAUUGGUUAAAGAGUGGGAAGGAAUUUCGAAUAUCAUUGUCAUUGUCAUUUCUAGAUGCCAAACUUUUAGCGGAUGCCCGUUUCCUUGAAAAAAAUGAUGCAAAAUGAUAAUGUAAUCAUUACUAAAGUGACUUAUAACGUGGAUUAAGCUUGAAAAAAUUGUGCCAGAAAAAUUUUAUGCAAUAAGAUUAUAAACAAAAUGUAAUUGGAAGUCCUCUUGAAGGU